AGUGUUGGCCAAUCCCAGCAGCCAUACUUCAAUCACUCAUAGACUGCUGAAUGUUCAAACUGUGUUCAAAUAAGAUGGUGUCAGAAGCAGGAUCUGAAGUGGAGCUUCUAGUAUCCCCAGGAGCACUAAGUGAACACAGAAGGUACCUGCAGGAUCCAGUUGCAUCCACUGAUCUCUCAGAGAGGCUGAGGAUAAUAUAGUUUCUUCUUGAAGGUCUCAAGGUCUGAAGCAUCCCACAGAAUGAUCCUACUGAAUAACUCCCAUAAGCUACUGGCCCUAUACAAAUCCUUGGCCAGGAGCAUCCCUGAGUCCCUGAAGGUGUACGGCUCUGUGUAUCACAUCAAUCACGGGAACCCCUUCAACAUGGAGGUGUUGGUGGACUCCUGGCCCGAGUACCAGAUGGUUAUUAUCCGGCCUCAAAAACAGGAGAUGACUGACGACAUGGAUUCAUACACAAACGUAUAUCAUAUGUUCUCCAAAGAGCCUCAAAAAUCACAAGAAGUUUUGGAAAAUUGUGAGAUCAUCAACUGGAAACAGAGACUCCAAAUCCAAGGCCUUCAGGAAAGUUUAGGUGAGGGGAUAAGAGCAGCUGCAUUGUCAAAGUCAGUGAAGGUAGAGCAUUCGACAGCAGUCCUCUUGGUUACGGAAGAUAUUCUGAAGCUCAAUGCCUCCAGUAAAAGCAAGUUUGGAAGCUGGGCUGAGACAGGCCACCCAGAUGAUGACUUUGAAAGUGAAACUCCCAACUUUAAGUAUGCCCAGCUGGCUGUCUCUUAUUCUGGGCUGGUAAAUGACAACUGGAAGCGAGGGCAGAAUGAGAGGAGCCUGCGUUUCAUCAAGCGCUGCAUAGAAGACCUGCCAGCAGCCUGUAUGCUCGGCCCAGAGGGAGUCCCAGUCUCAUGGGUAACCAUGGACCCUUCUUGUGAAGUAGGAAUGGCCUACAGCAUGGAAAAAUACCGAAGGGCAGGCAACAUGGCACGAGUGAUGGUGCGAUACAUGAAAUAUCUGCGUCAGAAGAAUAUUCCAUUUUACCUCUCUGUGCGGGAAGAAAAUGAAUACUCCCGCAGAUUUGUGGGGCAGUUAGGUUUCUUUGAGGCCUCCUGUGAGUGGCACCAAUGGAUUUGCUAUCCACAGAAUCUAGUUCCAUUUUAGACAAUGAAGCUGCUUAGUAAUUUCUGGCAAGCCAUCUCUUAAUAUUAAAACAGACACCACAGAAUAGAUUUCUUCACUUACAAACGCAUAUUGUGCAUUUAUAAGAUUGCAGGAACUCUUCUCACAUGGAGCCUUGAUGUUAAAAGACACAGCCGUGCUCUUCAGGAGCUCACAAUUAGGCUGGAGACAGGGGAGGGUAUAGUCUUUAUGCUUAAGCGUUGUAGGGAAGGACGGGGUUACCAGUAAACAUGUAACUAGAAAGCCAGGCUCAGUUCUUACCUCUGGGAAUCAGAACUCUUUAUGAAACUUGGUUAAUAGAAUCUACUAUCUGGAAGAUAAAUGAAGGAUUUUAAUAAAAUUGUCAAUAGAAUA